UUUGGACUUGACGUGCCAAGGAUCAGUCUGACACCCGAACAACAAAUAAAAUAGCUGGUUAGGUUUUAGACAAGUGAGAUCAUACGGAGAAACAGAAUAUAUAAAACAGUGUAUGUUUUCAGACCUACAACUUCUUGCCGUUAUACAACUUGGGUGUGCCCGAAGCCCUGCCCAGCAUCCAGAGGGAACAUGCAAAUGGAGAAACAAAGGCGCCGGCUGCUUGAGUGUCAGGUUCAGGUCUGGGGGAGGGUGGCUACGCGGGCAUAAAUGAUGCGCAAGCAGGAUGAGCGAUCUCAAUUUGCAAGGAUGCGAAGAGGACACUGGUGACGGGUGGUAACCCCUCCCACCCCAACUCAUCCUGGACAUGCCAGUGGCAGAGGACCUCCUGGGUGUCCGGUUUGAUACGCAGAUGUUGGCAAGGCUGGCUCUAUCUGUAGCCGGCGUGCUGCUGGUGUCGUGGGCUUACCGGUUCUACAACUCCAGGAGGUGGCACCUACGACGAGAUGGUCCAGGAUCCCGUCAGCCCAACAGAACAGCAACCCUCUGGGAACCAGACACGGGCACAUCCCCAGAGGCCUCUGCCGACAGCCCUGAGGAAGAACUGCUCCCACCAGAUGAACUCUCACCCAGAGAAGCACAGUGCAAACCCUCACCUAGGGAACCUCAGAAUAUACCAUCAACUGGAGAGAUACAAUUAGUGCAGCACAUGCACUCACCUGCGGAACGACAGAAUAUACAGUCAGUUGGAGAAACAGUUUCAGAUCAACAAGAGGACUCACCUGGGGAAGCUUACAAUAAACCGGCACCUAGAGAAACAUUUUCAGAUCAAUAUGAUGACUCACCUGCAGAACCACAGAAUAUACAGUCAGUUGGAGAAAUGGUUUCAGAUGAACAUGAGGACUCACCUGCGGAACCACAGAAUAUACAAUCAGUUGGAGGAACAGUUUCAGAUCAACAUGAGGAGUCACCUGGGGAAGCUCAUAAUAUACUGUCAUCUGGAGAAAUGUUUUCAGAUAAGAGCUCAUCUGCUGAAGCUCAGAGGUCUUAUCUGAGCAAUGUCGAGCCUGAUGUAGCAAUCGUAAGAGGAGACGAAAACCUGAACCAGGAUCCAAACCUGCCAACAGAGGAGAGCGUGGUGCAACACGAUCCCCCCGGAAUAAAACGGACACCAGAAGCACAUGACAGCCGCUCCCAGGGAGCUCUCCACACCAUCUGUGAGGAGGCAGAGGGACGGCUGGAUGCUGACCUUGUUCAGGACUCUUCUCUGUCUCCCUCUCCCUUGGAAGACCCGGACCAGGCUGAGGUGAGUCCAACUGGGAGGCUUGAGCCGAGCAUUAGCAUGUGCCGGGAGCUGAGGCAGGAUCUGGACCACCAGGGAAGCUCCACCAAUUUCCUGCCCAAGAAAGAUCUUGGGAUAGAAGGUGAGGAUUGUCUGCUGGAGAGGGAUGGAGAUGCACUAGUUGAGGAGCACGCGAGGAUCUACGACUACCACAUGGAGCCUUUGGUGAUCCCUGACGAGAGUCAGCAGGCUGGCCCCUCCUUCCCAAAUCCCAUCUGUGAGCUUGACGAUCCUGCUAUGUCACAUGACCCACAGGGGCUAAAGGAGCCAGAGGUGAGUGGCACUGAAGCUAUCCACCAGGGAAACUCCUCCAAUUUCCUGCCCAAGAAAGAUCUUGGGAUAGAAGGUGAAGAUUUUCCACUGGAGAGGGAUGGAGAUGCACCAGUUGAUGACCCACAGGGGCUAAAGGAGCCAGAGGUGAGUGGCACCGAAGCUAUCCAUCCAUCCAACUCUUCCCUCACCCCGCCUCUCAGCCUACAGGAGCAUACCGGCACAGACAGCCUCGACCCCCUUCCACCUGGGCGGCAGGGGCUUGUGCGAAAGGACAGCUACAUGCAGAUCGUGGAGAACGCUGACCUCCAAAUUCCUUUCCACAACCCGAGGGCUUCUACACCACUGAGCACGCUCAGUUCUCGAACCCCAUCUUCAGAAGAUCUACACUCCAAGCCGUCUAGCCCUGUAAAAGAUCCCGCAGCCUUCAGUGGGGACACGUCUGAAGGGAUGGGACAGGAGGGUGUGGAGGGAUUGAGCAUUUCACAGGUACCCAUUGAAGGAAUCAGUUCUGAAUUGGACAAACUGCAGGGAAGACUGGACCUGGGCAACUGUCUUCAUGCUCUCAGCCUUGCCAGGAAAGAGGGACAUGGCGGCUUGCAGCGUGCUGCUCUUAAAGUCAUGGCUGAUAACUACCUGCAGGUGCUACAGGACCCAGGGCUGUAUGGGAGCCUGAAAGGAGGUGACAGGGAUGAGAUCAGAAAGCUGCGGACAAGGGGUAAGCGGUGCCUGGUGGUGGCUGACUUAGACCCACAGGACUGGUCGGGCUCAGAGUCUAGCCUCCCAAAGACAUCGAGCAGUCUCUAUUACUACGAUGACCACAAAGAUGCGUGGAACUUCUUGUGUCCCCUCCCUAAGGAGGUGGUGUCCAGGGGUUCGGCUAUGUGCGCAAUGGACAACUACCUCUUUGUCACCUUGGGCUGCCAGGGCUCGGGACGAGAUGUGCAGCCAUCAAAGAGGGCGUUCUGCUACAACCCGGCCACGUCCAUCUGGAAGGAGAUCAGCCCCAUGAACGAGGCCCGGCCCCAGUGCAAGCUGGUGGCCCUGGGGGGAUGCGUGUACGCCAUCGGGGGGGAGUGCCUCAGCAGCGUGGAGCGCUAUGACCCCCGGACAGGCCUCUGGACCUUUGUAGCCCCGAUGCCCAACGACACCUUUGCGGUGGCCCACCGAGCCACCACCUGCAACGGGGAGCUGUUUGUCUCCGGGGGCACCCUGAGGUACACCUUGCUCCGCUACAACCCGGCCACCAACACUUGGAGGCGGAGCCAGAUCGUGGGCACUAAGGAGAGGACCGUGGAGAUGGUGGCAGUGAAGAACUUCCUGUAUCGGUUCGAUGUGGGCUCCACCGGGAAAGUCAGCGUGUACCGCUACCACGUGUCCGCCCGGCUCUGGUAUGAGUGCUGCUCCCGGAAGCUGCCCCAUUGCUCCGCCUUCCAAUGCACGACCAUGGAUGAUGUCAUCUACUGCGUGAGCCGGCGGACCACCAUGGGGUUCCGAGCAGACGACGUCUCCCCGGCCUUUCUCACCAAGGAUCUGAGCGUUCUUACUGAGGCUAAGGGCAUCCUUCUUCCAUUCAUUUUGGUGCUUCCCGAAAUUGAGACUCUUCAGACCAGAGUCUGAAUACUAUAGGUGCUUGGAGAAAGUUAAAAAAACAAAGGGGUAAGAAAGCUUUGUUGUCAAUGUAAAUCUCAUGUAAGGCCAUUGCAGCAGAUUGUAAUGCAAAAGAAAUUGGUUCUGUUGACAGAGCAGUACCACACGAGACAAUGACAAUGCAAAUAAAAAUGUUAGCUUCAGAAAUGUGUUUUAUGUUCAAAUAUUGAUUUGCUAUGAUGGCUGUCAUGAAUGAGUAGUAUGUAGAAAAAAAACUAAAAAACUUUUUUUUCAUGAGUAAUCAAAAUCAUGUGUUGACCUCCUUUGUGUGAAAGCAAUGUAGAAACUGGUCUGCAAGUAAUUCAGGCACGCAUAAAGGUGUGGAUUUCUGGGAUUUAUCAUAAUCUUAUACUGCAUAAAUAUUGUACAUCAUGUGAAGAUUAGAUUUUGUCCUUAUAUUUUGCUUCCUAAACAUGGUCUGAUGUGAAUAUCUGUCACUGUAACUUUAUAUUUAUAGAUUUAUGGGCUUCAAUUAAAUAAAUACAUACAUA